AACUCAUAGGCUAAAAUGGAUACAUUUUUCUGCUCCCCAAAUAGUUUCUGAAGUAUUCCCAAGAUGAUAGAUAAGUAGCUCUUUGUAUUAUAAGGUGCUAAGCAAACUUUUGCAUCAGAUCCCCUGCAUGGUGUGAUGAGCAUGAGCAGGAAGCACACACACACACACACACCCCUCUGCACACACACUUGCAAAGAUUCAUUUUGCUCAAGGCUUCAGGCAGCACGGCAGCAAGAAAAGCACAUCGCUCUCGAUGAUGAGGCCCAGUUUCACCCAUGCUCUCUUGGCUGUCUUCCUGCUGACUCCUGGGGAGGCCCAUCGUGCAAACACACAGAAAAGCGGCAAUGGCAACAGAAGGAAUAACAUCACCGUGAGUCUUCUGGUCUGUUUGCUCCUGUUACUUCUCAUCUUGCUGUUUCUAGCAUGGCGGUACUUGAACCGCAAGUCAGAAGGACAGUAUCACCCCCAACGACUGAUGAGGAGCCUGGUCUUCCGCUGGCAGGAGUUUUGGGGGCAGACACACAGUGAGGAGCUGACCCAUGGCGAUCAUGAGGAGAAUCAGAGUGAUGAAGAGUCUAAGGAGCAACAUGAUGAUGAUGAUGAGGAUGAAGAUGAGGAGCAUUGGAAUGAGUUGCUCCUCCAGCGGGCAGGCAGUGAAUGUGAGGAAGAAAAGCAGGAAAGGCUUGACAAGAGUGCCAGCCCUAAACCACUUGAAAAGAAAGCAGAGCUGGAGUCUGAAGAGGAUGACAACCACGACAGGGCCUCCAGGGCAACAGAAGGCAGAGCAGAAACCCUGCUUAGCGAUUUACACUCUUUCUCGGGGACUGCGACUUGGGAAGACAGUGGCAAGCCUGCACAUGUCACAGCUCUCUAAAAAGCAGCAUGGAGAAAGACAAAGCUGGAUUCCUCCACAAACAACUAUGAACUCAAGUUGUGCUUGACUGCAGUCGCAUGGACAAAGCAGGGCUGCUCUCCCCACUUGGUUUAAUUCCCAUUUCUUGUCACUUGCUUGUUUAUAGUUCUUCAUGGUGUUGUUUUUGCUCCAAAACAAUAAAGCAGAGGGAAAAGGA